CCAGGCUGGAGGAGUGCAGGGAAGGAAGUCAUCAGAGAGCUGUAGUCCAGUUUGUUGCUGCUGCAGGAAUCAGGAUAUCCCUCCAGUUCAGCUCCUCACACAAAAUUCCAGGGAUAUUUCACCCCCUCCUUCUUUUUUUUUUUUUCUUGGUGUCUGUACCUCCUCCUUUUUUCCCUGAAAGUAAUCUCUGCUUGUCGCGCCGUCUACACUGGACUCGGGACUAUUUCUCCACUUCCAAAAGUGGAUUCCAGUCUCCGGAAAAACGGGAUUUGAUCACUGUGAUUAAUGUUUCUGCGUUUUGACGCACGGUUCGUCUGUCGCUUUGCUCGAGCUCGAAGAGGACAGGCUGGACAUAGUUCACCCGGACUAACGGUGUAGCUUAUUUACAGGCACGACCUCGUUUUGAAAAAGUUAAAGAAAUACAUUUUUUCCCCUUACACACCGUCCGGAUUGUUCCUGGAGGCUCCGACUCUGCGUGCCAGCGAGCAGGGAGUGUGUUCCGAACGGACUCCUACUUUGGAUUUACGCACGGGAACCUUCCACCCAAACACUGUCAGCCGACACUAUGCGUCUCUGAUUUAUUCCUCGAGCUCAACUGUGGAUUUAAACGCUGCAUGAUUUGUGCAGACUGUGCUGUCUCCCCCCCAAAAAAAUUGCCGCAAAGCCGAGAGUCGCGCACCAUCAUGCAUCGCUUCUUGGGGAAAAUCUGCUGCAAAAUCGAGGGAAGUGGAGAGGCAGCAUGACUUGCGCUCUGGAUUUCUUUGAGUCUACAUUCCAUUCUCAUAUAAUAUCUUAAUGCUGUUCAAUUUUGGUUUACAAAUAUGAUGAAAUGGCAGCCCCGGAAGAAGGCAUACUUCCGACAGGGUGUUGCCCUUCAGUACCUUGGUCGCCAUGCCGACGCUCUGGCGGCCUUCGCUUCGGGGCUGGCCCAGGACCCCAAGAGCCUCCAGCUGCUGGUGGGCAUGGUGGAAGCCGCCAUGAAGUCACCGUUACGAGAUUCUCUCGAGCCCACCUAUCAGCAGCUACAGAAGAUGAAGCUGGACAAAAGUCCAUUUGUGGUGGUGUCCGUGAUCGGCCAGGAGCUGCUGACAGCCGGCCACCACACGGCCUCUGUUGUGGUGCUGGAAGCCGCUUUGAAGAUCGGUACUUGCAGCCUGAAGCUGCGCGGCUCCGUCUUCUCGGCCCUCAGCAGCGCCCACUGGUCCCUGGGCAACACAGAGAAAAGUACCGGAUACAUGCAGCAGGACUUGGAGGUGGCCAAGACCUUAGGUGACCAAACCGGGGAAUGCCGCGCUCACGGGAAUCUGGGCUCGGCAUUCUUCUCCAAGGGGAACUACCGCGAAGCGCUGACCAACCAUCGCAACCAGCUGGUCCUGGCCAUGAAGUUAAAGGACAGAGAGGCUGCUUCAAUGGCGCUGAGCAGCCUGGGCCAUGUCUAUACAGCCAUCGGCGACUACCCCAACGCCCUCGCCAGCCACAAGCAAUGCGUGCUUUUGGCCAAGCAGUCCAAGGAUCAGCUGUCCGAAGCACGAGAGCUGGGGAACAUGGGAGCGGUCUACAUUGCGAUGGGAGACUUCGACAAUGCCGUCCAGUGUCACGAGCAGCAUCUGGGCAUCGCCAAGGCCCUGGAGAACAAGCGGGAGGAGGCCCGGGCGUACAGCAACCUGGGCAGCGCUUACCACUACCACCGGAACUUCGACAAGGCCAUGUCCUACCACACCCACGUGCUGGAGCUGGCCCAGGAGCUGGAGGAGAAGUCCAUCGAGAUGAGAGCCUACGCCGGACUGGGCCACGCCGCCCGCUGUAUGCAGGACCUGGAGCGGGCCAAGCAGUACCACGAACAGCAGCUGUCCAUAGCCGAGGGCCUGAAGGACAGGGCCGCGGAAGGAAGGGCCUCCUCCAACUUGGGAAUCAUCCACCAAAUGAAGGGGGACUACGAGACUGCACUGAAACUACACAAAACACACCUGGCGAUCGCUCAGGAGCUGAACGACUACGCCGCUCAGGGCCGGGCUUACGGUAACAUGGGGAACGCCUACAACGCCCUGGGGGCCUUCGAUCAAGCCGUGCGCUACCACCGCCAGGAGCUGCAGAUCUCCAUGGAGGUCAACGACCGGGCCUCGCAGGCCUCCACCCACGGCAACCUGGCCGUCGCUUACCAAGCCCUCGGCGCCCACGACCGCGCGCUGCAGCAUUACCAGAACCACCUCAACAUCGCCCGCGAGCUCCGAGACGUCCAGAGCGAGGCGCGGGCUCUGGGCAACCUCGGCAACUUCCACUGCUCUCGGGGGGAGUUCCCGCAGGCCGUGCCCUACUACGAGCAGUACCUGCGACUGUCCCCCGACCUCCAGGACAUGGAGAGCGAGGGGAAAGUCUGUCACAAUCUGGGUUACGCCCACUACUGCCUGGGCAACUACCAGGAUGCUGUCAAGUACUAUGAGCAGGACCUGGCGCUGGCGAAGGAUCUUCACGACAAACUGAGCCAGGCCAAGGCGUACUGCAACCUUGGUUUGGCUUUCAAGGCCCUGGGAGACUUUGCGAAGGCGGAAGAGUGUCAGAAGUACCUUCUGUCACUGGCACAAUCCCUGAACAAUGCACAAGCUCGCUUCAGAGCUCUGGGGAACCUGGGAGACAUAUUCGUCUGUAAAAAGGAUGUCGCUGGGGCCAUUCAGUUUUACGAGCAGCAGCUGGCCUUGGCUCACCAGGUUAAGGAGCGUAGGAUGGAGGCCUGCGCCUACGCCGCCCUCGGGGCCACUUACAGACUUGUGCAGAAGUACGACAAAGCUCUGGGCUACCACACCCAGGAGCUAGAGGUGUACCAAGAGCUCGGCGACGUGUCGGGAGAGUGCAAAGCCCACGGUCAUCUGGCAGCUGUUUACAUGGCCCUCGGGAAGUACGCCAUGGCGUUCAAGAGCUACGAGGAGCAGUUGGAACUCGGCCGGAGGCUGAAGGACCCUGUGGUGGAGGCUCAGGUCUAUGGGAACAUGGGCAUCACAAAAAUGAAUGUAGGAGUGAUGGAGGAAGCCAUUGGCUACCUGGAGCAGCAGCUGGCCACUUUACAGCAGCUGAGCGGCAAUGAGGCUGUGAUGGACCGGGGCAGAGCCUACGGAAACCUGGGAGACUGUUACGAGGCUUUGGGAGACUUCGAGGAGGCGAUCAAGUACUACGACCAGUAUCUGUCGGUGGCACAGAGCCUCAACCGCAUGCAGGAUCAGGAGAAAGCCUAUAGAGGCUUAGGCAACGGGCACAGGGCCAUGGGAAACCUACAGCAAUCACUGGUGUGCUUUGAGAAGCGGCUGGUGGUGGCUCAUGAGCUGGGGGAGUGCGGAGGCAAGGCUCAGGCCUACGGUGAACUGGGCGCGCUCCACAGCCAGCUAGGCAAUUAUGAGCAAGCCAUCUCCUGCCUGGAGCGUCAGCUGGCCAUUGCCCGAGACACCCAGGACAGGUUAUUGGAGGGAGAUGCCAGCUGCGGUUUGGGCGCUGUAUAUCAAGCGAUGGGAGAGUACGAGACGGCCCUGCGAUGCCACCAAAGCGACCUGGAGAUUGCGGAGGAGGCGGGGAGCACCACGCGCCAGGCUCGCGCCUAUGGGAACCUGGGCCUCACCUACGAAUCUCUAGGAAACUACGAGCGGGCGGUGGUGUUUCAGGAGCAGCACCUAAGUGUGGCGGCUCAGACUAACGACUUGGCUGCCAAGACAUUGGCCUAUGGCAGCUUGGGGAGAACACACCACGCACUGCAAAACUACUCACAAGCUGUCAUGUACCUGCAGGAAGGCCUGCGGCUUGCGGAGCAGCUGGCUCGGCGUGAGGACGAGGCGAAGAUCCGCCAUCGUCUCGGGCUCUCUCUGUGGGCCAGUGGGAAUCUGGAGGAGGCUCAACAUCAGCUCUACCGGGCAUCUGCACUGUUUGAGACCAUUCGCCACGAAGCCCAGCACAGCACAGACUACAAGCUCUCUCUUUUUGACCUGCAAACAUCCUGCUACCAGGCUCUCCAACGGGUCCUCGUCAGCCUAGGUCACCACGACGAGGCGCUGGCGGUGGCGGAGCGCGGUCGCACCCGGGCCUUUGCGGACCUGCUGGUGGAGAGGCAGACGGGCCAGCAGGACUCGGACCCUUACACCCCGGUGACGGUGGAGCACAUCCUGGACACGGUCAACAGCCAGAGGGCCCUGGUGCUUUACUUCUCCAUGGCUGCAGGCUACCUGUACAGCUGGCUGCUGGCUCCAGGAGCAGGCAUCCUGAAGUUUCAUGAAGUGUACCUGGGCGAGGGAGUGUCAGAAGGAGGGUCGGACUUCCAGGAGGGAAGCGUAAGUGGAGUGGUCAGCGGCUCCUCGCUGGAGCAGCACAUUGCCAGCGCCCGGGAGGCUCUCGGAGUGGAGUCUUACUACAGCAGAGGAUGUUCCAGCAGCGAGACGGAGAGCGAGGCGGGAGAUUUGUUGGACCAGCAAUUUGAAGAGCUCAACAACAAGCUGAACUCGGUCACCGAUCCAACAGGCUUUUUGCGCAUGGUGUCCAGAAACAACCUCUUCAACAGGAGUUGUCAGAGUAUGACCAGCUUGUUCAGUAACACCAUGUCUCCUGCCAAAGAUGGCAACUCUUCCCUGCCUCGCCGCUCCAGCAACCUCGGGAAACCUCCACUCCGGGCACUUUAUGAUUUGCUCAUUGCACCUAUGGAGGGGGGCCUGAUGCACUCCAGUGGGCCUGUUGGCAGACAUAGACAACUGGUUAUGGUGCUGGAGGGAGAACUUUACCUCAUUCCCUUUGCACUGCUGAAAGGAAGUUCCUCUAAUGAAUACCUCUAUGAGCGCUUCAGCCUCAUCGCAGUGCCCUCCAUUCAUGGCCUGGGAUCCAGCACAAAGGCUCAUUCUCGGCGUCCGGGACCUGCUCCCUGUGGCGGCGUCUCUAUGGCAGCAGUGGUGGGGAAUCCCAGACUGCCCUCCCCUGUGAUGGACCGCUGGCUGUGGGGGCCGAUGCCCUCCGCCGAGGAGGAAGCCAUGAUGGUGGCUGAGCUGCUGGGAUGCCAACCCCUGGCUGGUUCUUCUGCCACCAAGGAGAGAGUGAUGAGCGCCCUCACGCAGGCAGAGUGUGCCCACUUCGCCACCCACAUUUCCUGGAAGCUGGCGGCUCUAGUGCUCACCCCGAAUCCCGAGGGGGUGCCUGGGGGGGCCAGUGCCAGCGUGGGAGUGGGGACGGUGGGCAGGGGCGCAGGCGGGAGGAGGGGCAGCAGCGGGCAGGGCAGGAAGGGCUCCAUCGGCAGCGGCUACACCAUCCCAGAAUCCCUCCACAUGCAGGACGACAGCAGCGACGUGGAGAGCAUCUGCGACAGCCCGCCCCUUCAGGAGUUCCUGCUCACAGCCGCAGACAUAUUGGACCUGAGGCUGCCGGUCAAGCUGGUGGUGCUCGGGUCAUACCAGGAGUCCAGCAGCAAGGUCACGGCAGACGGCGUUGUGGGGCUGACCAGAGCCUUCCUGGCCGCCGGGGCUCAGUGUGUUCUUGUGUCCUUGUGGCCCGUCCCUGUUGCCGCCUCCAAAGUUUUCGUCCAUGCCUUCUACACUGCCCUGCUCAACGGGACCAAGGCGAGCGCAGCGCUGGCCGACGCCAUGAAGACUGUACAGAGCAGCAAGCAGUAUUCACACCCCUCCAACUGGGCAGGAUACAUGUUGAUUGGCAACGACGUGAAGCUUAACAGCCCCUCUUCUCUGAUUGGCCAAGCUUUGGCUGAGAUUCUACAGUAUCCAGAUCGAGCUCGUGAUGCUCUGAGAGUUUUACUCCACCUGGUGGAGAAGUCUCUUCAGAGGAUACAGAACGGCCAGAGAAACUCCAUGUACACAUCGCAGCAGAGCGUGGAGAACAAAGUGGGAGGCGUCCCCGGCUGGCAGGCUCUGCUAACAGCUGUGGGCUUCCGACUUGACUCUGCAGGCACGGGCAUUCCUGCUGCUGUCUUCUUUCCCACUGCUGACCCAGGAGACAGGUUGCAACAAUGCAGCACGACUUUACAGUCUCUACUCGGUCUCCCACCGCCAGCUCUUCAGGCUUUGUGCAAACUCAUCACAGCUUCAGAAGCAGGAGAGCAGCUCAUCAACCGGGCUGUUAAAAAUAUGGUGGCAAUGCUCCACCAGGUGCUAGUCCAACUCCAAACAGGAGAGAAAGAACAGGAUUUCUCCCUCCUGCCCAUUCAGGUGUCCAUCAGUGUGCAGCUAUGGAGGCUUCCGGGAUGCCAUGAAUUUCUCGCUGCUCUCGGAUUUGAUUUGUGUGAGGUGGGCCAAGAAGAAGUGGUGCUGAAAACAGGCAAGCUAGCGAACCGCCGCACCUUGCACUUUGCUCUCCAGUCUUUGCUGGCGCUGUUUGACUCCACAGAACUGCCCAAGCGCCUGAGCCUGGACAGCUCCUCUUCCCUGGAGUCUCUGGCUUCAGCCCAGUCUGUGUCCAAUCCCCUGCCCAUGGGAUAUUCAAGCCUUCCAUUCUCUCCUCCUUGCCUGGACAAUCAAGCAUCGGAUGCCAUCUCUGUCUAUAGCCUCAGCUCUGUAGCUUCUUCCAUGAGCUUUGCUUCCAAGUCCGAGUGUGAUUUUCUCGGUCACCGGCAGCGCGGUGGCGUCACGGCACACUAUUCCCUUCACAAACACCCGCAUGUUCCCCGUAGUCGCUCCUCUCCUCACGGAGCAGCUGCUGCAGUGGCAGGAGCGCGAGGCGAUGAGGAGGAAUAUGAGGGCUUUUCUAUUAUCAGCAGCGAGCCUCUGGGAAGUCACUGUGAUUCUCUGCCUUUGCCACCAGGUCACGGCCAGCGGCACCACCGUGGUGGCAGGGGGGUUGCUGGUGGGUCUACUGCGGGAGCAGGGAGAGGCUACACUGUGUCAGUGUCGUCAAGGGGCAGCGUCAGCACCCCGACCUCACCUGUCAAAACAUCCUUAGUGCCCAGCCCGAACUCGCCGUUCCAGAAGGUGGGUAAGGUGAGCAGCUCAGACACAGGUGAAUCUGACCAGUCCAGCACCGAGACUGACAGCACUGUCAAGUCUCAGGAAGAAAAAACUGCCCCACUAGAUCCUCAGGAAUUAGCCCAGAAGAUUUUGGAGGAGACUCACAGCCAUUUGCGUGCGGUGGGUAGUCUUCAGCGGGCUGGGGCAGAGGGAGCGGCGGCCGGGGGAGCGUCGGCUCGGAGCAGUGUGUUCCGCUCCUCUGAAACCAGUGCGUUCAGCCGUCCAAACAGCAGCGCCAGCGGCCGCGCUCAGUCUUCUCCAAAACCCAAACCUCCCUCCCGUUCCUCCUCACUGCAGAAGAUCAGCUCCGGCUAUAAUAGUCCUGCAGUCUCCGAGUCUUCCCAAAAGGAGGGCAGCCAUCCCUCGCCCACCCUUGACAGCCAUGCACAGUUCAAAUUAAAGUACCCGAGCUCCCCAUACAGUGGCCACAUCUCUCGUUCCCCGAGUAACAUAUCUCCAUGUUCCGGUCACCAGUCCCCAGCCGGCAGCGCUCCGUCCCCUGCUCUGUCCUACUCCUCCACAGGCUCUGCCUGCUCCACAUCGGCCGAUGCUCCGGACUUGGACCGGCUGAGAAGAGGGGUCAUCGACGAAAAAGUCCAAGCUAUCCACAAUCUGAAGACCUUUUGGGCUAAUGCCGCAGCCCAGCAACAACAACACCUGGGUCCCGUCAAAGGUGUCCACGGCGCUCCCGGACCUCUUGCCUCAGCCAGUCGAGAUGUACUGAGCCUCCUGAACCUCUCCCCACGCCACUGCUCCCCCAGUGACGCCCAAGACAGCCUGGAGCUGCGGGAGCUGGGGCUGCAGUCACUGGAUAAGGGUAGCAAGAACUCUUCCAACGGACAUCACUGUUCCAACCCCAGAAAAGUAGCCCCAUCACCCACUAUCUCCACAAGCAGUAGCCCCGGUGCUCGUUCUAUCCGACUACCUGCCGGCAAUGGAUACAAGUUCCUGUCGCCUGGAAGAUUUUUCCCUUCUUCUAAAUGCUGAGACAUUUCAAAUGGUCCUAUGCUUUUAUCUAUCAGUUACUAUCCUGCGUGCUGGAGGAGUACAGCACUUUUCGAGGACCGCUGAUGGUCCGCCGAGCUUGACCCACAGUGAGAAGGAUUUCUUUGGUUUGUAAGCGUGAUCCUGCAGAGACACGUGGAUACUUCAGAGAGUGUCUCGUCUUUGUGCCCCUAACACUGUAAAUGGCAAUGAGAAAUACUCAACGACCUGAUACUGUGUUUGUGUGUAACUGUGUGUCAGGUAAAUGUAAAUGCCAUUUGAUUUUUUUUUUUUUUCCCAAAAACCUUUGCUGUUUGUGUGGGCCAAGAUGCAACAGCUAUGACUGAUUUCCUCCAUUCUAUUUUUGUUUUUAAAUUUAAUGGUUAUUGUUAUUAUUGUUUGUUAUUGUUAUUAAUAUUAUAUUAAUUAUUAUGUUUUUGUAAAUUAAUUCCAGUGUUUCACAAUCAGUAUUAAGCGUUUUAUAUAAUUAAAAAGUGAACAAACCUGUACCAUGUAAAGAUGGAUAGAGUGGGGGAAAAAAAGAUUUAAUAUUUUUUAUUGAAAUCAAAAGGCACUUUGCCUGAUUUCUUUGUGAAUUGAGUGUCUGCUCUCAAGCAUGGAUUCUCUUGCUAUUCAAUGUUAAGUACCAUGUAUGACUUUUUAGCCCAUGAUUUUUUGAGAUUACACAUGAAAGUUUCAUGACAACCAUCUGUCAUUUAUCAGUAAACUGUUUCAAUAAAAAAAACAUCAUGUUUGC